AUGGGGAACAGUUCCUCCGGGGUUUCCCGGACGUCGGAGGUGGAUAAGCUUGGCCGAGCGGAGGAUGCAGCGGUCGCCGGGGUUUCUCCCAGCAUUUCGAGUGCUUCCUGCGUCUCCUCGAUGGAGAAAACGGUAGUUUCCGUCUCCAUUCCCUUUCAUUUGUCGCUUGAUGUUUGUUCCGACACUAUCGGCAGCGUGGUUGAUUUUGCUCCUCUUUUGCAAUCCACAGGUCUUGCUUCAUGACUGGUGGCUGAUCAAAGUGAGGGAUGAAGGUGAUCGGGAAAGACUGGCAGUCGGAGGGCUGACGGCAUUUGGGUGAGGACCCCCGAUCUUCUUUCUCGUAGAAGGCUACCCUUGGGUGGAAACCUCUGGUGCGAUAACUGAGGAAUGGCUAGCCCAACUACAUUUUUCGUUAAAUCACAUACUCAUUUCUCACGACACCUGGUUGACAGCCGACACAUUUUCUGUCAUCUAUACCGUCAUUCUCGCAGAAGGGUUUCGUCCCAGAAAACGCACCUUCUACCGGCUCUCUAUUUAGUUCAUACUUUUCAUUCUUAGAAGAACUUUCGGCUUCAAUGAAAAUCUCUGAAAAAUCCUGUUAUGGUUGUUAGCCACCAGUAGUCUACACGUAGAUAUUGAAAGUCAGUUCAUGUACAUAAUUUUUUUCCUGAGAGAUAGCUUUCGAGAUGCUUUCGUUGGCGGUUCUUUCAUUUCAAAAACUUAUAUAUUCUCGUGUAUAUGAAUUUUAAAAUAAUCUAGUGGAAAAAAUCUUUCUGCAAUAAUUGGUGUUCAGCAAUGUGCCGUACAGCAUAGGCAAGAUCAUUUUGUCAUCACAUCCGUGUGGCAUUUUUCUGAUCCCAGGUAGUUCUUCUGAGGUGCAUUCAUCAGUUUAUUGGGAAAUGCAUUCUCUUUCCCAGGUUUAAGCUUUUGGAUCAAGUUGAUCCAAUGUACGAGAGUGAAAUUGAUACCCUGGUUACCACUUGUCUUUGAGAAAAUCGCAACUUCGGUUGUCCUGGUAAUAUUGAUUCAACUGGGGGUCAAUCCAUGAAAUACGCAUACAGACUUGUAAAGAACCUGCCAUGAUGUUAGCUUGAAGCAGUAAUGAGUUAAAGUUCAUAUCUUUUGAUUUUGUUCUCAACAUAAAUUACAUGUAGCUCUUACAACUUCCUUGGAAUGAUGAACUGCAUGCGACUCUUUCUGUUGUUUGAAGUUCUCAUUCUCGUUUCUCUCCAUGUGAAUAUUUUUUUCUAAUUUCCAAACGCCUGUUUUCUUUUCUAUAGAAAAGCUGCAAGAAUAUUUAACUCUGCACCUGUUGCGAAGAGAUAUGAUGCCUACACUCUUGAGACAACGGAUGGAAUCACAGUGAGGAUUCAAGGCCUCAUCAACGUAGCCCGCAUGAACCAUAAUGGGUUCCCUUCAGAGGUAUCUAAAUGCAGUUCCUGUUUUCCUUCCCUGAAUUCUGUUUUUUGUCCAAGGGUGGAUAAUUUUUUGUGAUAUUUCCUCUCGGAAAUAUGCAUAAGAACUGUUUUGAUACUUCACAGUAGGUUUACUAUUGUAAGGAAAUGUAAAGCUCACUGCAUAGGGAAAUUAACGGCUUCGUUUACAUGGGAAAUUCUGGUUGUAAUUAUUUUUGUGACCAUUGAAUGGAUUAUAUGUUGAUCUAUUAGAAACGAUAAGACACUUUAUCCCAUUGUUUCAAUGUUUUCAUGUGUUUGAACAUGUUUUCUUCCUUUAUCCAAUGAGAUCCCUUUUUAUUUAUUUUUAUUUGUAUUAUAAAAAUUAAUAUUUAUCCAGUGCUGAUAAAUGCAGGCUUGCAAUCAUUUUCGGAUUGGAUUUCCCUAUAAUUGGAAGGAUUACGCUGAUAAAUAUUUCGGGGUGAAUGCCAAAGGUAGUGAUUCAACCAAAGCCGCUGUUAAUGAGGAUUGUUCCAGGGAUUCGGCUAAUAGUGUAAGCUGCGAUAUUCCAAAUUCCUUGACACAAUAUCCGACUAGAAAAAUCAUAGAUUGCUUGAAUGCCAUUUGCAAGGACAUCAUUGCCAGUGAACAAGGAAGGAAAGAUGCCGAAAGAUACAUGGAAGCGAAUGACUGUACCAGUAAAAACGCAAAUGGGGCCGUUCCACCAAACGAUGGUAAUAUACAGGGAAAGGCUACACACGAUGCUAAAUAUAAUGUAUGCAACAAUACACCCCCUCAUAAUGAUGCUCCUCAGCUGAGAUCUCCUGUAGAGAGCUCGAAACAAUCUAUUUGCAAUGGCUCAAUGAAGUCCAUUCUGGGAUUCUCCGCUUCCUUGGCGAAAGUUGGUGUUCAUGGUGCUGAAGAAAAAGCACACAAUGCCCCACGUCAUGUAAGUGAUGCUCCAGUGGUGACUUCUCCUAUGGGUAGAUCAAAACAAUCUGAUUGUUCUACGUCAAAGAGGUCUGGUUUUAAUGCCUGCUCUUCCACAGACACAUUCACCUCGCUUCAGAACAAUACCAAGGGAAAUAUGGGUUGCAGAAGCACAAUUCCUGCAGCUGACCCUAGGUUCACAUUUUUUUCAAAUGCUACACUUCCGGUGACUGAUUGUCCAGAUGUGAAUUCUCCUGUGGACUGGUCAAAGCCAUCAAGUAGUUCUUUCUCAAUGAAGUCUAAUUUGCACUGUGCUACUUCAUCAGUCAAAGAUAUGGGACCUAAGAAAGAAUCCAUUUCAACUGUCGUUCUAGGUCUAGCUAUUGGCAAGCAGAGAAUUAAACCUUAUUCAGUGUCUAAUGGUGCGCUGAAAGAUGCCAAGGGAAACAUGGGCUCAAGAAACGCAAUAUCUUCUCCAGACACUGGGACCAAAUGCCUUCUUAAUCGAUCACUUCCUCUGAGCGGUGGAGAAUCCAAGAGGGAGGUACCAGGUGAAGUUCAGCUUAAGAAAGGGACACAUCUAGGGGUUUAUUCUCCACAGGGUACAUCAAUUCCGGAGUCUAAUGCAGAAGCCGAACAAGCUCCCGGGAUCCAGUUACAGAAGGAAUUGGUGAAGUUUCCUCGUUAUGAUGAGACACAGAUUUCAACAAGAACUGAGAAUCCGUUAAAGAAGAGCAGCACGGAAUCAUCUUCCUUACCAGUGGCCCAAAGUUGUGUGAGUAUGAAUCGUCACCAUGUUGAGUCAGGAGGCAGUCACGGUCAGGAUGGAGCAAGUGUGGGUUUCGCAGGGACAUUGUCCAAGGAAGCAGAUGAACCAGCUGAGAGAUCCAAUGAGGCCUCCAAGAAUAUGCUUGGGAAUGAGCGGUAUUGUUUAGCUGGGAAAAUGUGUUUAGUUACGCCCAUGACGACAGUAACAAGAAAGAGCCCCAGGAAACAACUCUCAUUUGUUGAUAAGGUAGUGUUUGAAAAAGCCUUUCUUAGCUUUGAUGCAGAAAGGAGAGAAACCCCAUCUCUGUCUAAGAGUGACACUGGACGGGCUUCUUCAGCAUCUGAACCGGAGGCACAUCAGAGCCAGGAAGAUGUGGAUCUCAACCUUGUUUUCCCUAGCCGAAUAA